AUGACUACCGCAUCCGUCGCCGGCGGAUACUGGACCUUUGAAAACUACGGCCCCAUAACAACAACAUUCACCCCGGCGCCCAGCUGUACCGCGACAGAUAGACUCUCCCUCGCCCUGAUCGAUGAUGAUAUGACUCGCGCCCUAUUCCAAGUCGCCUGUCCGACAUCGACGAGCGACUGGGACUGUAUACCGCCUGGCACGACCACGUCGGCAACUUGGUACGAUGAGAAAAAAUGGGUCGCUUCUGCUGGAUACUACUCGCCGGGAUUGUACUGUCCUUCCGGUUGGGAGAUGAUUGGUAUGGCAUCGCGCGAUGAUGAGUCGCUGAGUACUUCGGGAUUUUUGACCACGUCGGAGGAUAAGAUUCCGUAUUAUGAGGAGCCUGUGACACUUUUGGCGAGCUUGUUGGAGCCGAGUCAGACGAUGGCGCUUUGCUGUCCUAGUUCCAUGACGCCAAAUGGCCUCGGCCAAUGUAUCGCGCAAGUUCCAACUUAUAAGCCCAGCGUCGGUUGCAAGGUCUACGUGGAUAGUGACUACAGUUGGGAGAAGGUAACCAGGACACAUGUGCAUUCCGGUAUCACGAAGACAAACACCUACGAUGUGAACUCAUUUGUGAGCGCUACUACAUCGACUUCGUCUACAUCUUUUCCUCCUGGAGUCGAGCGUGUGUUGACGGCUAUCUCUUUUGUUCCUAUGAUUACUAUGGUGCAUCAUCGGUCUGAUCUGGAGGCAGCUGGGGUUACGGGUGGGUCUACCAGUGCCAACUCUACUGGGACUGGGACUGGGACUGGGACUGGGACUGGGACCGAGGCUGGAACUGGCACUGCUAGCUCCGAGGCUACAGGAACUGCUGCUUCUACGUCAAACGCUGCCUAUAGACUCGGUAGUAGAGCGUCUACUUUGGAUGGAUUUGGUGUGAUUAUCGGGGGUUUGGCUGCUGCGGUGGCACUGGGCGUGACUAUAAUUAUCCUGUAA